GUCCAAUUCUUCCUUUUCCGCGUUAUCUGGCAGGCCGGGUGGUAGCUCACCAAAUUUGUGAUCCGAACGCGUUGUUAAUUAAUUUAUUAUCCGUGUUUUUUAAGUUUUAACCAAUUCCAAACCUAUUUUCAUCAUGCUUUCUCGAUUUGUGUCAUCUCAACUCCUUAACACCGUAUCAAAGAAUGGAAAACAGUUCUCAACUUCAGCCAAGAACAAGGCUCGCGUGGCAGUCGCCGGAGCAAGCGGCGGGAUCGGUCAGCCGUUGUCGCUUCUGUUGAAGCAGUCCCCGUUGGUCUCCGAGUUGUCUCUGUACGACAUCGUCCACGCCCCAGGAGUCGCUGCCGAUCUGAGCCACAUCGAAACUAAGGCCAAGGUCACCGGCUACAAUGGAAACGAACAAAUGGCCGAUGCAUUCAAGAAUGUAGAUAUUGUUGUUAUUCCUGCCGGAGUUCCCCGUAAGCCUGGUAUGACCAGAGAUGAUCUGUUCAACACAAAUGCUUCAAUUGUUGCAUCAAUUGUCAAAGCUGUAGGUGAAAACUCUCCAAAAGCAUUUAUCGCCAUCAUUUCCAACCCCGUUAACAGCACUGUUCCUAUUGCCGCAGAGGUUUUGAAGAAAUUAGGAGUAUAUGACCCCAAGAGGUUGUUUGGUGUGACCACACUCGAUAUUGUGAGGGCUAACACUUUCAUUGCUGAAGCUAAGGGUCUUGAUCCAGCAACCACACAUGUACCUGUUAUUGGUGGUCACUCAGGUGUCACUAUUAUUCCAGUCAUCUCUCAAGCGAAACCCUCAGUCAGUUUCCCUCAGCCGGAGUUAGAUAAACUUACUGUCCGCAUCCAAGAAGCUGGAACUGAAGUAGUGAAAGCCAAGGCUGGUGCUGGUUCAGCCACACUUUCAAUGGCCUACGCUGGUGCCAAGUUUACAUUCUCCUUAGCGAAGGCUUUACAUGGAGAGUCCAAUGUCCAAGAAAUUUCCUACAUUGAAUCUGAUGUUGUUCCAGGCGUCAAGUACUUCUCGUCACCAAUUAUCCUUGGUAAAAAUGGAGUUGAGAAGAACUUGGGAUUAGGAACGCUCUCAGAUUUUGAGAAGAAACUCCUGGAAACCGCCAUACCAGAAUUGCAGAAGAACAUCAAGAAGGGUGAGGAAUUUGUUGCAAAAUCAUAGGGAAAAACCUGUGACCUCUUAAUGAAAUGAAAUGUGAUUCCUGCUGGUGACAGCUCUAUGUUGAACCGUCUUAACUGUGUACAUAGGUUUUAAGCUCUCUGUAAAUUGUGAAUAAUCGGAAAGCCAAGCUUUUAGAUCUCUAAGAUAUUAGAGCUCUGUCCCACCAGUGUAACUGAAGGGCUACCAGAUUUACCUCACCAUUUAAGGCUACUUUAACUUUUAACGCUAGGCAUUUUCAGAAGAAUCACCUUUUACGGUCUAUGAAAAACAAUCAUUGAGUCAUUCCCAAGCUGUUAAGAAUUCUUUGUUUAUUUAUCGCCAAACAAUUAUGAUAUGUUUUAACAUUACUUUGUUGUUAGUUGUUCAUUCAGUAUUUUAUUUAAGGUAAAUGAAGACGCAAGAUAAUUUUAAGAAAAAACAACUUUUAACGUGCACCCAGCAGAUUGUGUUAAUUUUAUGCUCUUAUCAAGAGAUUUCUCUGAAGAGUGUUUCAAGAUAUUUUGGUUUUAAGAUAUUUUUUUCAUGAAUUCAUUGAAGAGCCUGGUAAAUCUGUGUUUCAAUAAAAA